AUGAAACGAAAACGCACCUUUGAUUCCAUCAUUUCCAAGCUUAAGAAAAUCAAAAACCAAAACCAUCUAAAAUUGCUCCUUGAUCAACAAUACAUUUCAGAUUCAAAAGAAGAACUAGAAUAUAAUAUUGAUUUUCUCUCCAGUGAUAUGACUUUUGAGGUGAUCACAUAUUUAGAUUCAGUUCAAGUACUAACAAAUUGUAUACUAGUUUGCCGACAGUGGUUUGACAUUAUUAUGACGAGAAUUAAAUUUAAUUUUCGGAUUAGUGAAAGGAGAGAAUGGAAGAAACUCUCUCAAAGUCAUCAGAAAUAUAUUGAUCGGGUAGAAUGUUUGCACUUAAAAUAUAAUCUUUUGAUUUUUACAAUUAUUCAGAAACGAUUUUAUAAUUUACGAGAAUUAGAUUUGAGUGGACAAAAUUGUUACAGGGAAGGUGUCAAGUGUUUGAAAUCUUUGAAACAUUUGACUGUAUUGAAUGUUAGUAAGACUAAAUGCGCUAAUGGUGUGAAAUAUAUUGGAAUGAUUGAAAAUUUAACAAGUUUAAAUAUUUCAUCAGUGCAUUUGGAGAACCAAGAUGUAGAACAUUUAAGUUCUUUGAAAAAGUUGACAAGUUUGGAUGUGAAUAACUGUAAUUUGACUUUUGAAGAUGCUGACAUUAUUAGUAGAUUAAAAUCAUUAACAUUUUUAGAUAUUGGAAAUAAUGAUUUAGGACCAUUAGGUUUGCUGCCUAUUUCUUCUAUGGAAUCAUUGCAAACCCUCCAUAUUAACAGAAUUUGGAUUGAAAGUGAAUCCUGCGAAAGCCUUACUAAAAUGAUAAACCUGACAGAACUUUAUAUAUCAAAGAAUGAUUUUGGAAAUGAAGGACUUAAGUGGAUUAGCUCUAUGAAGAAUUUGAGAGUACUUGAUAUUGGCAACCAUUCAAUUAUUGAUGCACUUGGUGAUGAGGCAGCUAAACUAGUUGCCUCCCUUACACAACUUACAUAUUUAAAUAUUUCUCAACAUGAAAUCACCAGUAGUGGAGCAAAAUAUUUGACAUCUCUUACAAAACUGACAACUCUUUUUAUUGAUGGAAAUGAAAUUUGUGAUGAUUUUUUAGACUCAAUAAGCUCUUUAAAGGAGUUGACAUAUCUAAAUAUUAGUGGUGGACAAAUAUCUGUUAAAGGGGUAAAAUCAAUUUCAAAAUUACCAAGGUUAACUAUAUUGGAUAUUUCAGAAUGUGUUGGUUGUUGUAGUGAAGUGCUAAAACAACUUGGCUUAAUGAAACAACUAACCAGUCUUCAUUUGUCACUUACUGACCUAGUUGAAAGUGUUGAAGGUUUUAAAUAUUGGCACAAGAAUUUGAUCAAUUUGACCUAUCUAGAAAUGAAUUUCUGUGGUCUAGACGAUAACGCAAUCAAAUGGAUUAGUGGGUUGCCAAAUUUGAAGUAUCUAGACUUACAAUCUAAUGAUCUGACUGAUGAUUGUAUUCAACACUUGUUAGGAAUGAAAAAACUGGAAUAUUUAUCAUUGUUUGGGAACAAUAUGACUGAAAAGAAAACCAAACGACUAGAGAAAUAUCUCAAAAAAGUUGCACAUAACUCUGACAACUAG